AUGGCCUCGUUGGAACCCACAUACGGAGCAAUCUUCUCCGGCACUACUGUCUCAUAUCUGUUGUACGACAUCGCUCUCGCUCAAUUUAUGCUUUUUUGCCAGACGCUCAAUCCGGCCGAGAGGAUGAUAAACUGCUUGGCGAUAUUCACCUGGCUGAUGGAUACGCUGCAGCAGUUCCUGAUUACGCACGCCCUGUGGUAUUACCUCGUUUACAAGGGCGGAGGCAACACGCCGGAUCAAGAUACAGAGUCAGCAUAA